AUGAUUCGUCCACGGGUCCAAAAUGAGGUACUCGCAGCACCUGCUACCCCAUCAGAGGUCCGUCUUCAAAGCAUUGUCAUCCUCUCGGUAGCGCUCAUAUCUCUGAUCGGUGCAGGAUGGAUCAUGGCCAACUACGCGAUAUUCCCCCACCUCCGCUCAUUUCGCCACCGUCUCAUCACUGGGCUUGCCAUCAGUGACGCGCAUAUGGCGCUCAAUUUCCUGUGCUCGACGGCAAUGAACAAACGUUGGCUUCUGCGCUUCAACGGUUUCAUGACGCAGGUCUUUGUUAUCCAGACCGAUUACUGGGUUCUGACCAUCGCCGUCUGUACCUACUUCAUCUUGGCUGGUCACAAGACCCAGUCCACCUGGAUACAGAACCAUGAACUCGUUAUCUGGGCAUUGCCCUGGAUUUUCUCGGUUCUCUGGGCCUUCCUUGGUCUCGGCAUCGUUGGUUAUGGGGACAUUGGUGCUUGGUGUUGGUUCACCUCAGACACCAUCCGUCUACUCGUGAACUUCAUUCCUCGAUGGGUCAUCAUAGUCAUUAUGUUUGUCAUGUAUGCACACCUGUCGUUCGUUCUUUAUAAAGCACACAUUCGGCUGGGCUCGAUCCAGCACCCUUCCCCUGGCCACCCUGUGUCCGGACUUACAACUGAGGAGGGAAGUCGCAUGACAAGCAUUCACGAAGGGACCGAAAGUCAUUCAGCAGUUUCAGUCCGAAGGCUCAAGAGGGUUGCACGGCUUAUGCUUCUCUACCCCCUAGCUUAUGCCAUCAUCUGGUCGCUGCCAACCGCGAUCCGAGUAUAUCAAGCGACAGAGGACAAGCCGGCAGCUUUUGCACUGCAGACGGUCGACAAGGCCGCCGUCGUCAUCCAGGGUUUCGUGGAUGCUCUCAUUUACGGCGUGAACGAGAUGACACUCGCAAGCUGGCGUACGCGGUGGCUCCGCCAGGGAUAUCCAGUCCUUCAGAGAACGAACUCCCGCGGCGAGCACGGUUCAGCAACAGACGUUAACAGGGGAAUAUUCUGUCAGCCACACAACAGAAGAGGACUUGAGGCUACUAUGUCGACUUUGAUAGGACUAUCAGAGCUGGAAAGGGAUGACGCUUCGAGCUCCAACGAGUUGAGGGACUUGAGGCCCUAG